GAAAGAAAACCAAGAGAGUUCAAACCUUAUAACAAAAGAAAUGGAAAACCUAGACAAGAGCAGAAACCUUUUGUUAAAAAAAAGAAGGAACUUACACUAAACAAGAAUUCAAAAGAACCAGAAAGAAUUUUCAAG